AUGUACUGGUGGUAUUCCCUUUCAUCUUUUGUCCUUUCAUCAUUUUGUCCCUAUUCUCUCUUUUUACAUUCCCCUCCCCCUAUGUAUAGUGGUAUUCCUUUCAUCUUUUUUGUCCUUUCAUCAAUUCCCUUCUGUUUCACAUUCCUCCCUUUUAACCCCCUAUGUACUGGUUUGUAUUUUCUUUCAUCUUUUGUCCUUUCAUCAAUCCUCCUUUCUCUUUCACAUUCCUCCUGUAACCCUAUUGCUGGUAUUCCCUUUUCAUCUUUGUCCUUUCAUCAUUCCUAUUCUCUUUCACAUUCCUCCUGUAUUCCCUUUCAUCUUUUGUCCUUUCAUCAAUCCUCCUCUUUCAUUCUCUUUCCCCCUGUACAUUCCCUUUCAUCUUUUGUCCUUUCAUCAAUCCUCCCUAUUCUUAACCCCCCCCCUAUGUACUGGUGGUAUUCCCUUUCAUCUUUUGUCCUUUUCAUCAAUCCUCCCAUUCUCUUUCAUUUCCCCUGUUAA